UAUGCAUUGCAUUAUCUUUUUUGCUAUUUAACUAAUAAUACUCAACUUGUAAGCAGCAGUUUAAAUCCUGAUGUUCAUAGUCCGAUUGUGAUUACACGAGCAGAAUAUUUUAGUCUUCGCGGAGCGCAAUAUGAAAGGAUUCGUUCUCGGCGUGUCGAACACUUGAAACGCUCGAAACGCUCGGACAUUCUCUUUUAGAAAUCAGUAUAUAAUCAACUUAUCGUGUGCGCAGCAGCGAUAUUCUGUGCUGUAUUGCUAGUAUUUGUAGAACAGAUUCACCUGUGAAAAACCGGUUAAAGAGCAACUGUUUAAGAAAAAAUUAUAAACGAGGACAAAUCUACAAAUUUAUAGGUCAAUCAGAGCAACGAUGUCACUACCAAUUCGAUAUGUCAGUAUAGAAGAAGAGUGCAAACGGAAUCCGGAACUCAAAAUGUCAGAUCUACAAAUAUUGAAGGAUUGGAUGGUAAAGCAACCUCAUCUGCCACGAGUAGAAAUGUUAUAUCUUAUUUUGUUUCUGCAUAGCAACUAUUAUCGCAUAGAGCCGACUAAGAAAACGAUAGACAAUUUCUAUACCAUAAGGACACUUUUGCCGGAAGUGUUUUCUAAUCGAGAUCCAAUUGCAUGGAAAGAAUUGCGAAAAGUUUUCUCUAUCAUGGCAGCCGUGCCAUUAGAGCAAAAAACCAAGGAAGGAUAUGUAAUAACAUUUACCAAAUUUCUGGAUCCAAAUCCAAAUAAAUUCGAUUAUUAUGAAUGUAUGAAGUAUUUGCUUAUGACAUGCGAAGUACAAACUAUGAUACAAGGUACCAACGAGGGAUUGAUUGUUAUUUUGGAUGCAACCGGCCUAUCUUUCAGUCAUAUCGCUAGUAUUAACAUAAUGGGAAUGAAAAAAGUUUUAUUUUACGUACAAGAAGCUGCUCCGGUUCGAUUAAAGGGUUUUCAUGUAUUAAAUACUAUACCUAUGGUAGAUACGCUAAUGAAUCUGAUAAAGCCAUUUUUGAAGAAAGAACUAAUGAAUCUCCUGCAUUUUCAUUCGAGCAUGGAAACCGUGAAGAAAUUUUUACCUAUUGAAGCUUUACCAAACGAAUAUGAUGGAAAAGCAGGACCUAUCGAAGAAAUAGCUAUUAAACAAAUUAAAUUGCUGGAGGAAUUUCGUGAUUGGUUUCAGUAUGAUGAUAAUAAUAGACGAGUGAACGAAUCUUUGCGAGUUGGCAAAUGUGAAGGUACAGAAAACUUAUUCGGCGUAGACGGUAGCUUUAAAAAGUUGGAGCUAGAUUAAUUAAUGGAAUUCAAAUUUCUUCAGAAAAAUUCUUAAUAAUUUUCUGUACGUUUACUCU